AUGGAUGAGGCUGAACUAAAACUGAAGCUUGGAGUCAAUGUACUAUCACAAAGCUCAUUAGAACAGAAGAUAGAAAAUGAUGCAACGAGUUUAGUAAAUAGACAACUUCUUGAGAAUGAGGAAAAUCGUUUAGAGAGAGCUCAAAAUGCUCUGACUUUAGUAUUAAAGAAAAAAGUUACAUUGGAAAGGAAAAUUAAUAAUGCAUCAAGAAUAUCAGUUAGAAACAACUUACAAGAUCAGCUAACCAAGUUAAUGAAAACUGAAUUUAUUGCGGCUCAAAAAGAUAUCAGGGAAAUUAAAGAAAGGCUACAUGACAUAAAGACGAAUAAUGAUAAAAGUAAUAUAUCACAUCAUAAAAAAUCUGAUAGAUUGGAAAAUGAAAGUGAAAAGGAAUAUUUAAUAAGAACUGGUCAACUUACAGCAUUUGGAACUAGAGUCACAUUUCAAAUUGAAGAUGAAGAUAGUUUGUCAUUUACAGAAAACAGUCAUGAGAAUCAACGCAGUUUUAUGUUAGCAAAUGAACAAAUGAUCGAAAAUUUAACGGAUGAAUCUGAUCUGGAUAGAGAAAUAAAUAAUAACAUAAAAGAUGAGUUGGAUAGUGAAUAUAAAGAUGAUUCUGAUGAUAGUUUUAUUUCUGAUGAAGGAAAUGAUGACGAAAAAACUAUUGAUGAGGCUUCAUCUACACCUGUAAAAUAUAGCCCUGGAGAAGUUAGAGAUGAUGGAGAUGAGUUGAAUUAUCAAAAGAGACUUCGAAGUUGGGUUAAGCAACGUUCUAAAAAUCGAAUAGAUGACAAAAACAAAGAUAUUAACGAAUGGUUAAAACCUCAUCCGGAUAUCCCAGAUGCCAAGUUGAAUGAUAAUUUUAAAAUUCCUGGUGAAAUAUUUUCUUUGUUAUUUAAUUAUCAAAAAACCUGUAUUCAAUGGUUAUAUGAAUUGAAUAAACAAAAUUGUGGAGGUAUAUUAGGUGACGAAAUGGGAUUGGGUAAAACCAUUCAAAUAAUAGCAUACCUGGCAUCUUUGCAUCACUCAGAUAGGCUAAAUGGCCCUGUUCUUAUAGUAUGCCCCGCAACUGUAAUGAAACAAUGGUGUAAUGAAUUUCAUCAUUGGUGGCCCCCACUUCGAACUGUAAUUAUUCACCAAAUAGGUGCUGGUAUGUCCAGAAACAGGAAAGAGGAGGAUAUGAGUGAUUCUGAAUUGGAACAAUUUAUAAUGAAUUCCAAUCCCGAUGAAUAUUCGUACGAGGAUAUGAAAGAUCAUUCAUCCAGAACAAAAUCCCAAAUCAAACUUAAAUCUAAUAUUGUAAAUUUAAUAGAUAAAGUAAUAAAAGAUGGACACAUACUGAUAACCACUUAUGUAGGUUUAAGAGUGCAUUCGGAUAAACUGCUAGACGUCAAUUGGUCUAAUGUGAUAUUAGAUGAAGGCCAUAAAAUAAGAAACCCUAAUUCAGAAAUUGCUCUAACUUGUAAGAAGCUAAGAACUCCAAACAGAAUCAUAUUAUCUGGUACGCCAAUUCAAAACAAUUUAAAUGAAUUAUGGUCACUUUUUGAUUUUAUUUACCCUGGUAAACUAGGAACGUUACCAGUAUUUCAACAGCAAUUCGUAAUUCCAAUAAAUAUGGGAGGUUAUGCUAAUGCCACUAAUGUUCAAGUUCAAGCAGGAUAUAAAUGUGCAACCGCAUUACGAGAUAUGAUAUCUCCUUAUUUAUUACGAAGAGUCAAGGCUGAUGUUGCCAAAGAUCUUCCAACAAAAAAAGAAAUGGUGUUAUUCUGCAAAUUAACGAUGUACCAGCGAAGCAAGUAUUUGGAAUUCUUGAAUUCAAAAGAAUUAGAACAAAUACAAAAAGGAAAACGGCAAGUUUUAUUUGGUAUCGAUAUUCUAAGAAAAAUCUGUAAUCAUCCUGAUUUAUUGGAAAGAGAUAACAAACGAUUGGAAAAAUCCUAUGGUGAUGCGAAAAGAUCAGGUAAAAUGCAAGUUGUGAAACAGUUAUUAUUAUUAUGGAAAAAACAGGGACACAAGGCUUUAAUUUUUACUCAGACAAAGCAAAUGCUUGAAAUUUUGGAAGAAUUUAUAUCUUUCAAAGAUGAUGCUUUAAAUAAUAUCAAAUUUUUAAGGAUGGAUGGUUCAACAAAUAUUUCACAGAGACAAUCCCUUGUUGAUCAAUUUAAUAAUGAAGAUUUUGAUUUAUUUUUACUUACCACAAGAGUAGGUGGCCUCGGCAUUAACUUAACGGGUGCCAAUAGGAUUAUUAUUUUUGAUCCAGAUUGGAAUCCAUCUACGGAUAUGCAGGCUCGUGAACGUGCAUGGAGAAUUGGACAGAAACGAGAAGUUUCAAUUUAUAGAUUAAUGGUAACAGGAACUAUUGAAGAAAAAAUUUACCACAGGCAAAUUUUUAAACAAUUUAUAGCAAAUAAGAUAUUAAGCGACCCAAAACAAAAAAGGUUUUUUAAGAUGAAUGAGCUUCAUAAUUUAUUUACUUUAGGUGAUGAAAAUGGACACGCAACAGAGGAAUUAGAACAAGAAGUGCAAAAGCAUACAAAAGACCUUCAAGAUUCAGUCACUAAAGAAAGUGACGAUUUUGAACAGGUAGUAAGCUUAAAUGGUGUUUCAAAAUUGGAAAGUUUCUAUAGUGGAAAGGUACAAGAGAAACACAAAACAGAAGAUGAUCAUCUAAUGGAAGGCCUUUUAGGCAAAGGUUCUUUAGAAUCUGUUCAAUCUCAAAAAUAUCUUGAAGAAUCUCAUUCUAGAGCUUCAUCCAAAAUAGUUGAAAGAGAGGCUAACAAGAUUGCAGAGCAAGCGUUAAAUGCUUUAAAGAAGUCCCGAAAAGUUACCAAAAAAUAUGAUAUCGGUACUCCAACCUGGACCGGUAAAUUUGGACAAGCUGGGAAAAUUAGUAAAGGAAAGAAAAUCAAAAAAAAUGCUGGGUCAGCUAGUAUAAUUGCAAAUAUCAGAAAAGCUAAAAGUGAAUCAAAAAAUUUUAUCAAACCAGAAGAAGAUAAUCAAGUUUUGACAGAGAAUGAAUCCAUUUUGUUAAGAAUCAGGGAGUAUUUAUUUCAUAAAGAUGGGAACUUUGCAUCAUCUAGUGAUAUAAUUAAUAAUAUUGGUGUUAAACUAACAGAUCAAGACGAGGUUAUAAAGGUAAGGGCUCUUCUUCGUUCAAUUGCCACGUUUGACAAGGAAAAGAGAGGCUGGACUUUAAAUUAUGAUUUUUAA